CACCCCUGGCCGCCAGAGGGAGCAAGCUGCCUUCCGCCGCGGCCGCUCUGGCCACCCGAUCUCCUCUCUCCGCAGCGCUGCGGCGGGGCUCUUCCGGCCGCGGGUUCGAGUCCCGCUCGGACUCGGAGGCGGCAGCAUGGCGUUCCCCAGCCUCCUCUUCCCCGGGCACCUGGGCGCCGCCGGGCCCCCACCGAGCCGCUGCGCCCCGCGGGUUGCCGGCUGGGGCCGGUACGAACAGGUGCGCCUGGCCCGCCAGGAGGAGGAGGAGGAGGCGGCGGGCCGAGGGCGCCCCCCGGCUGGCUGGGCCGCCGCCUCUUGCCGGGCUCGUCCUCGGGGGUCCCGCGGAGGCGGCGGCGGCGGCGCUGCUGCUGCUGCUCCUCCUCCUCCUCCCGGGGCCUCCCCGCAGCCGCCGGCGCCUCCCCGGUUCGAGCCGCGCCGCCGCCCCGACGGGGAGGGCUGGGUGCCCGCCGAGCCCGCUCCGGUGCCGCUGACGCCGCCCAGCCGGACCCCGGGGCAGCCCGGGGGCGCUCCUGCCGCUGCUGCUCCCCGCGCCGUCCCCGCUGCCGCCGCCGCCCAGGACAGCCUCUACGUCGGGCAGCUGCAGCGCUCAGCCCCGGCCGGCAGCACCGGAGCGCGCGCCGCCCUCGACUUCGCCGAGCAGCUGAGCACCUUCUUCCUGGACCACUCCGAGGUGGCCUUUGGGGCGCUGGGCCGCCUGCUCCAGGAGAACCUCUGGCUGGGGGACGCCCCCCUGUGGGGGAAAGCCCAGGACAACGUCUGCCGCAUGGCCGCCGUGCUCAAGGGCCUCGAAGCCCAGGAGGGCUGCCGCAACUGCCCCGCUUUCAGGGCCAGGGAGACUCUGCGCAGCGUCGUCCACGUGUGGCGGGACUGGCUCUUUGAGCUGCCCCUGGAGCCGAUGGCUGGCUGGGUCCACGAGGACAUGGCCGAGCAGUGGAGGCGCCUCUCCUUUGACGACACCCCUGCGGGAGGCGCGCUGGUCUGGCUGCCCGGGCCGUGUGGGACCAGUGGCUGCCUGGCCUACCCAGCUGGCGAAGCCAUGAACCAGCUCUGCUUCCGAGAGGUGGCUCUGGUGCCCACCCGUGACGGCGCCCUGAGACCGCGACUCCGGAGCUGCCCGGCCCAAUUUGAGCUCAACGGGACGGUCCGGCAGGUGGCGGCCGCGCGGGCGGAUGGCGAUGACUUUGUUGGGGUGCGCUCAGAUUAUCUCUGUGGAGCCUGGAGGAUCCAGCGCGGUGCAGCACCCUGGCCCCUCCAGGUGGUCCGCACAGAUGCCCCCUGCUGCUCUCUCACGGUCAGCCCCCACCUGCCUGGCGAGCUCUCCCUCUGCACCCUCCAGGGCGCCCUCUACCUGUGGAAUGUCGAGACUGGACUUCAGCGGCUGCACCAGGACCCCGAGACCCUGUAUUUCCGGGAGGCUUCGCCUUGGCGCUGGAGCGAGUUCACGGCCCACCCUCGGGUGCUCUCUUAUGCCGACCGGACCGGCCUGAUGGGCAUUGACCAGAGAGUGCCGUCUUCAAGGUCUGAGCUCUUCAAGGUGGGGGGUGAAGCCGGCUGCCAGCGGGGGGAGCGCCUGGUCCUGUCCAAGUCCCUGGGCCAGGCCCAGCCCUACCACCACCUGGUGGCCACUCAGUUCUCGGUGUACGUGCUGGACGAGCGCUUCCCGUUGGUGCCUGCCCUGCGCUGGGAGCACAUGAUGCAGAGGCCCCCCAUCUAUGCCCACCUCACCCCCGCCGGGGCUCCGCAGCGCAGCCACAAGCUCCUCCUCGGUGCCCACCACUCCCAGGAGCUGCUGCUGCUGCAGUAUGCAGGCGGCUCCAGCGCCCCUUGCCAGCUCUGGGGCCCCCCGCAGAAGCUCUCGCCCUUCAGGGAGUGCCUGCCUGGCUUUCCCCGGCAAGUGCCCCUCCGCCACAGUGCCCUGCACCAGCGCCUCUCUGUGCCUGCCGCCGGCAUCGCGGCCGCCCUUGGCCAGCAGGGCACCGCGGAGUCUCUGCUGAUCUUCCAGCUCUCGGAGGCCGGCGACCUCUUCUACCAGCCCCUGCUCCACCGCCCGGGGGGCCUGGCCGCUGGGGAGCCUCUGCCGGAGCCAGGCCCCUCCCAGGAAGGCGGCAGGGGCCCUGAAGCGGGGAGGCCUUCGCAGGGCCCCCGGCCGGCCCUGACUCGCCCAGCCGCCGCCGCCGCCAGUUCCCGGCGUUGGCUCCGGGCCUGGAAGCAGCUGCCCACGGAGGCCUCCGGGCUGCAGCCCCCCUGCCUUCUCAGCCAGAGCCGGCUCUUCACCAGCCGGGAGCUGCAGGCCGCUGGGGCCGCCCCCCACUACAGGCCGGCCCGCCAGCAGCUGCGCAGGGCCAUGCAGCAGAAGCAGCUCCUCUGCCCCUGGCCGGGGCCCGCCGCUCCGCUGCCCCCGGCCUCCGAGCCCUGCGGGCAGCCGGCCGCUGGACUUGGCCAGCGGCUCUCGGCCUCCUGGACCGGCAGCUGGGACUCCUGGUGGCAGGAGAGGCUGGGCACGGGCCAGGCCCGCAAGCAGCAGGCCCUGAGGAGGGAGCAGCGCCGCCGCCGCCGCCUGAGGAGGGCCCGGGGGGCCCCCCUCAGCCUCUCGGGCAGCUUCACCUCUUCCACCAGCUACCAGUCGGACCUCAGCGACGUCUCCGGGUGGCCGGGCAGCGACAGCAGCGGCCAGCGCCCCCCCAGCCGGGCCCCCCCUGGCACGGACAGCGCCCCGUGGCCCACAGAGGAGGCCGCCCUGCCCGCCCCCCAGGCGGCCUCCUCCCAGGAGCCGGAGCCGGGCUCCCCGGACUUGGCGCAGCUGCUCUCCUCCCAGACGCUGGGCUCUCGCGGCAUCCCCAAAGAGCGCCGCCGGACCCUCCGCGACUACCUGGCCAUCUUCAACGAGCCGCCGGAGCCUCAGGCCGACCUGCCUGCCAGUCAGGCCUCCAGCCUGGGCAGCCAGCGCCCCCUCCCCUCCUCCCAGGGCUCCCAGCGCAAACGGGCCCGCAUGGGCUUUUGAGGGGCUCCCUGCUGCUGCUGCUGCCGCCCGUCUGGGCCCAGGCCUGCCUUGCCCGACGCUCCUGCAGGCGCCCCAUGUCCCUAACCCCCCCCCCCCCGACCAAGGAGAGCCACCUCAGGCCAGCCGGCCGGCCUUGAUCACCCUUGUGGCCUUUAGAAGCUGUGGGCCGGGCGGGGGCUUGAGCAGACCUCCAGCUGGGGGAGGGGGCCAGCCCUUGCUCUGCACAGCCUCCCCUCGCGGUGGGGGAGGAAAGGGCUUGCUCCUCUUUGCGCCCUCCACUUGUGGGCCCAACCCUGCCCCUGCUCCUGCUCCAACCGCUCCGCCUUACCGACAGGACAGUAAUAAUAAAGGCAAGUUGUGGAAGCAUCAAACUACUACUUUGAAAUCGCUACUCUAAGACUUUAUUAUAUUAUGAUAUGACAAAAGGGCUACACCUUAGAAAAGAGGGCAGCUAUGAAAUCAUUCAAACCAUUUAUAAACAACUAUAUUUGAAAAGUUAUGAGCAUAAAAAUAUAUAUUAAAAAUGCAAAAAUCA